AUGAUUUAUGUUAGUGAUAUUUAUAUAUGCCUACCUAUUUAACCCGUAGAUUGCCAUCAGUUAUUUAGUAUACAUUACUAUAAUAAACACAAGUAAAAAUAAGAAAACUAAAAAUGGAGAACUGGCAAUUAAUAUAUUUUUUUAUGAUAAUUUCCUGUUUGAUAAUUAACGAAGGUAUUAAAAUUAAAUAUUCAAGUGAAAAAAAUAUAUGCCCGUUUGAAAAAGAUACGAAAAGAAAAACUGCUAAAGUUAGUGAUAUUGAAACAUUAAAACUAGCUCAUAAGAGUAGUUGCGAACUGAACGAGAAUGCAACUAGAAACGCUGCUGAAAAUGGACAUUUUGACUGUUUAAAAUAUGCUCAUGAAAAUGGAUGUCCUUGGGAUGAAGGAACAGCCGAAGCAGCUGCAAAAAAUGGUAAUGUAGAAAACUUAAAAUAUGUUCAUAAAAGUGGCUGUAAAUGGGAUAAAAGAACAACAAGCGCUGCUGCUGCAUAUGGGCAUUUAGAAUGCUUAAUAUAUGCACAUAAAAACGGAUGUCCAUGGGAUAAAGGCACAAUUAUAGACGCUGCAGUAAAUGGACAUUUCGAGUGUUUAAAAUAUGCUCAUGAAAAUGGAUGUCCUUGGGAUGAAGGAACAGCCGAAGCAGCUGCAAAAAAUGGUAAUGUAGAAAACUUAAAAUAUGUUCAUAAAAGUGGCUGUAAAUGGGAUAAAAGAACAACAAGCGCUGCUGCUGCAUAUGGGCAUUUAGAAUGCUUAAUAUAUGCAUAUAAAAACGGAUGUCCAUGGGAUAAAGGCACAAUUAUAGACGCUGCAGUAAAUGGACAUUUCGAGUGUUUAAAAUAUGCUCAUGAAAAUGGAUGUCCUUGGGAUGAAGGAACAGCCGAAGCAGCUGCAAAAUAUGGUAAUGUAGAAAACUUAAAAUAUGUGCAUAAAAAUGGCUGUCAAUGGGAUAAAAGAACAACAAUCGCUGCUGCUGAAUAUGGACAUUUAGAAUGCUUAAUAUAUGCACAUAAAAACGAAUGUCCAUGGGAUGAAAGCACAACUGAAGCAGCUGCAAAGUAUGGUCAUUUAGAUUGUUUAAAAUAUGCAUAUGAAAAUGGGUGCCCCUGGAAUGAUAGCAUAAGUAGAUUUGCUGCUCUAGGAGGUAAUUUAGAUUGCUUAAUAUAUGCCCAUCAAAAAGGAUGCAAAUGGGAUGAAGGCACAACAAGAUCUGCAGCGAUAGGAGGUUUUAUUAAUUGCCUAAAAUAUGCUCAUGAAAAUGGAUGUGACUGGGAUAUAGGUACAACUAGAGUUUCAGCAGCAAUGGGUCAUUUAAACUGCUUAAUAUAUGCACAUGAAAAUGGAUGUCCAUGGGAUGAUGGUAUAACAUGGGUUGCUGCUGAGAAUAGACAUUUAGAUUGCUUAAAAUACGCUAAUGAAAACGGAUGUCCAUUAAAUGAUAGUAUAACAUGGGUUGCUUCAGAGAAUGGACAUUUUGAAUGCUUAAAAUAUGCACAUGAAAAUGGAUGCAAAUGGGCCAUCGGCACAACUGAAAAUGCUGCUAAAAGAGGUAAUUUAGACUGUUUAAAGUAUGCUGUUGAAAAUGGAUGUCAUUGGGAUAAGGGUAUAACCAGAGUUGCUGCAGCUGGUGGUUAUAUAGAUUGCUUAAUAUAUGCCCAUCAAAAAGGAUGCAAAUGGGAUGAAGGUACAACAAGAGCUGCAGCGUUAGGAGGGUACAUUAAUUGUUUAAAAUAUGCCCAUGAAAAUGGAUGUGACUGGGAUAUAGGAACAACUAGAGUUGCUACUGUAGGCGGUCAUUUGAAUUGCUUAAAAUAUGCUCAUGAAAAUGGUUGUCCUUGGGAUGAUCAUAUAACAAGAGUUGCUGUUGAAUAUGGCCAUUUAGAUUGUUUAAAAUAUGCACAUGUAAAUAAAUGCGAAUGGGAUGAAACAAUAACGGAAUUAGCUGCUGCUAAUGGUGAUUUAGAAAUUUUAAAAUAUUUACAUGAAAAUGAUUGUCCAUGGGAUGAAUAUACUAUUAGAGAAGCUGCUGCUAAUGGUCAUCUAAAAUGUCUAGUAUAUGCCCAUGAAAAUGGAUGUCCUUGGUAUGAAGGAAUAACAAGGAUUGCUGCUGGGAAUGGCCAUUUGGACUGCUUAAAAUAUGCACAUAUGAAUAAAUGUGAUUUAGAUNCUUAA